AUGUCGGACCCAUUGCUUUUCGAAGACACUUUCACCAUCACUGGUGUCAACCAGCAGAAAUACGAUCGCGUUUCUCGCCUGACCUGCACGUCCUCUGAUCACACCUCUACCUUCACUCUCGAUGUCAACACUGAACUCUAUCCUUGCACAACUGGAGAGUCAGUGUCCAUGGCUCUCGCUUCGACCCUUUCUCUGGACGGCAAGGAAGACACUGGCUCGAAGGGCUGGAGAGAAGUCGGUAUGGGCGAACAGACCCUGGCGAACGACUACGACUAUGUUUGCCAUGGAAAGGUGUACCGUUUUGAGGAGGGAACUACCCAAGGGAACAUGGCGGUUUUCAUCUCUUUCGGUGGACUUUUGCUCUAUCUUGAAGGACCCUACAAGAAGCUGGCACCCUUGAGGAUCGACUAUGUGUAUCUACUUCUGAAGAAAUGAAGGAAACGAGGAAAGAUAUCAUCCCAUCAACACUUCGUAUCGAAAAUUCAUGGGUAUCUGUGUCCGGGGUCGACUCUUGGACUGACAGAAAAGUUUGCAUUAAUUGGGAUGUUUGGUUGCAGCGUCGGCGUUUGAUUGGUGAUUGGGUAUAUCAAUAGAAUAUCAAACAAUUCUCAACAUA